CCAGCAUUCUUGCGAGCCGGUCAAGUCAGUGCAACAUGGCGGAUCCCCGAGAGAAAGGGCUGCAAGACUACAGGAAGAAAUUACUGGAGCACAAAGAGAUCGACGGACGGCUCAAAGAGUUGAGGGAGCAGCUGAAAGAACUCACAAAGCAGUAUGAAAAAUCAGAAAAUGACUUGAAAGCUUUACAAAGCGUUGGGCAGAUUGUCGGAGAGGUCCUGAAACAGCUAACAGAAGAGAAAUUCAUCGUAAAGGCGACAAAUGGACCUCGCUAUGUUGUUGGCUGCCGUCGACAGCUUGACAAGUCCAAGCUCAAACCUGGCACAAGAGUGGCGCUGGACAUGACCACCCUGACUAUCAUGAGGUACCUGCCCAGAGAGGUUGAUCCUUUGGUGUACAACAUGUCCCACGAGGACCCUGGCAGCGUCUCCUAUUCAGAGAUCGGGGGAUUGUCAGAACAGAUCCGGGAGCUCAGAGAGGUGAUUGAGCUUCCCCUCACAAACCCUGAGCUUUUCCUGCGUGUGGGGAUCAUCCCACCCAAAGGUUGCCUGCUGUAUGGACCACCAGGCACAGGGAAGACACUGCUGGCCAGAGCUGUUGCCAGUCAGCUGGACUGUAAUUUCUUAAAGGUGGUCUCCAGUUCUAUAGUUGACAAGUACAUUGGGGAAAGCGCCAGGCUGAUCAGGGAGAUGUUCAACUACGCCAGGGAUCACCAGCCCUGUAUCAUCUUCAUGGAUGAGAUUGAUGCUAUUGGUGGGCGUCGAUUUUCUGAGGGCACCUCGGCUGACCGAGAGAUCCAGAGGACCCUGAUGGAGCUGCUGAAUCAGAUGGACGGCUUCGACACGCUGCACAGAGUCAAGAUGAUAAUGGCGACGAAUCGUCCCGACACCCUGGACCCUGCCCUGCUGCGCCCGGGUCGCCUGGACCGCAAGAUCCAUAUUGAACUGCCCAAUGAACAGGCACGCUUGGACAUCCUGAAAAUUCACUCUGGGCCCAUCACAAAGCACGGAGAAAUGGAUUAUGAGGCGAUUGUGAAGCUCUCCGAUGGGUUUAAUGGAGCUGAUUUGAGAAAUGUGUGUACCGAAGCAGGCAUGUUUGCAAUUCGGGCCGACCACGAGUAUGUGACCCAGGAAGACUUUAUGAAGGCGGUCCGCAAGGUGGCAGACUCUAAGAAGCUGGAAUCCAAGCUGGACUACAAGCCUAUAUAACACCAGCCGCUGCGAUUCAGGAGUGUUGUUGGGUGCAUGGGUAUAUCUUUCUUAUGAAAAGAUUAUUUUUUUUUUUUU